GCUCUCUGUUAAAAUCAUGGUCGGUUGUGGGUGCGCCGUUGUGUACGUGCUGUUAAGCGCAACAUUGUUUCUCCGUGGCCGUGAUGGAAAACAUAUAGCCACUCACUUUUAAUGCAAUGGCCCAAUAUAUCGAUAAUUUCAAACGGAGCUGAAUGUUCGGAUAUCAAAGUCUGCCAUAGCUGAUGGAGGAUAUCCCAUUGCCAUGAUCCCAUUCUAAAGAGAUUUUUUCAUUUACAGCCUAGCCGCGGUCAAUUCCCAUUUGUCUCCUCACAAUGAGACUGUACGCAUUUCUUCUGAAGAACAAUUUACCAAAGAUAGAAUUUUAUUCAAGGUUUUCACCAUCGCCCCUGUCAAUCAAACAGUUUCUGGAAUUUGAAGUAAGAAAGUCACACAUCUGGGAUGGCAUGAGGGUAGGGAUAAUGCAUGUGAGAAGACGUCUUACAUGUUCCUGCGUAAGGAGCUGCCGGUGCGUCUGGCAAAUACCAUGAGAGAGGUGAAUCUACUGCCUGAUAAACUGCUCAGUCAACCAUCAGUCAAACUGGUGCAGAAAUGGUACAUGCAAAGUUUCUUUGAUCUACUAGAGUUUGAAAACAGGAAGCCAGAAGAUUCGCAUGCCCUCAAUGACUUCCUGGAGACUCUUAUUGACAUCAGAAAUAGACACAAUGAUGUGGUCCCGACCAUGGCCCAGGGAGUGAUCGAGUAUAAGGAGAAGUUUGGUUUCGACCCAUUUGUCAGCUCCAACAUCCAGUACUUUUUGGACCGCUUCUACACCAAUCGAAUCUCCUUUCGCAUGCUCAUCAACCAGCACACUCUCCUCUUUGGCAAUGACAUCAACCCAGCCCAUCCCAAACACAUUGGCAGUAUUGAUCCCAACUGCGGUGUGGCUGAGGUGGUGACCGAUGCAUAUGAGACCGCCAAGAUGGUGUGUGAGCAAUAUUAUCUAGCUGCCCCAGAGCUGAAGAUAGAAGAAUUCAAUGCCAAGGCUCCUGAAAAACCCAUCCAGGCUGUUUAUGUGCCCUCCCAUCUGUUCCAUAUGCUGUUUGAAUUGUUCAAGAACGCAAUGCGGGCCACAGUUGAGCUUCACGAGGGCAGUAACGAGGGUCUUCCCCCUAUAAAAGCAAAAGUGACCCUGGGGAAGGAAGAUCUGUCUGUGAAGAUCAGUGACAGGGGAGGGGGUGUGGCUUUACGAAAGAUUGACAGGCUGUUCAACUACACCUACUCUACUGCACCAACUCCCAGUUUGGACUCUAAACGAGUGCCAUUGGCUGGUUUUGGGCAUGGCUUGCCGAUUUCCAGAUUAUAUGCACGCUACUUUCAAGGGGACCUGAAACUGUACUCAAUGGAAGGGGUGGGAACAGAUGCUGUUAUCUAUCUGAAGGCUCUCUCCAGUGAAUCAUUUGAGCGUCUGCCCGUCUUUAACAAAUCUGCGUGGCGGCACUAUCAAGGCGGCCCAGGAGCGGAUGACUGGAGCAACCCCAGCAAAGAGCCCAGAGAUGCCUCCAAAUACAAGGCCAAAAGAUAACUGCACUUCAUCCAAAUGUCCAACUGCACCCAUUUACAGACCUUCUACGUUUUAGUCUAGCUUCUGUUGCCAUGGCAACAUCACAUCAAUGCUGAGUGUUCUGUACUUUUUAGCAUUACCAGAGCAGAUGAUGUAAGUGUCAUUUAGUCUCUGUUCCUUCUUUGUGCAGCUACAGAUGUGAGAUACAGAGCCUCCUUUUAGCGUCUUCCAGAGCAGUCUAGUGAAAAGGGUGAAACUUUUGUGCCCAGAGGGUCAAAUACUUUGGUUCUCAUUUAAUUGUGCCACACAGUAGAGCCCCUGUUGGAGUUCCUGCUGCAGUCAGAGAAGGAAGCCUGGAGUCUGAGAUCAGAAUGAAGAGCAUUUCUUUUACUGCCAUUCAGAGAUUCGCAGGCUAUAGAGCACUGCAAAUGGCCUAAUGUAGAACCAUUUUGAAAAGAAAAGACUCAGGAGAAAUGAAAAUAUUUUAGUUAGAAAGUGGAUGAAUCUCACAGAACCUGUCAAGAUUAUUUACAGGUCAUAUUUCUCCCCAAAAUCAAAAAGAAAAAGUAUAUUUUGAAUAUAACGUAAAGAAUAUAAAGAAAUUAUAUUCUUAUAUUUUGUAUAAUGAAAAUUAAGCCUAUUUUAUGACCAUUGCAAUUUUUUUUCAUUGUGACUUUAUUUUAAUGACAGUUAAGUACUGUAAGUACUAUGAUUAUUGCAAUGCAGAAAAAAAUAUAAAAUUAUAUUAUUUAUAUUUAAAUAUAUAAAAAAUAUAUUAUAAAAGAGCCAUAUAAAAAAUGGCAAAUAUAUUAUACAAUUAAUGGCAGUAUUUGUUUUUAAUGCUGAAAUUAAUUAUAAUUUUAUUUUUGAAUCAUUUUUCUGGACAGGAUCAUGAAAAAGACAUUUUUAUUUAUUAUUAUUUUUUUUCGUAUUCAUAGUAAUUAGAAUUUAGAAGGAAAAUGUGCUUGAUUUUCAUUAAAAUAAUGUCACAAUGUAAGAAAUCUUAAUAGUCCUAAAGCUAGGCUUUGUUUUAUUUGUAUUUUUACGUGAAAUAUGACCUGGACAUUCAUUCCAUAAAAUAAAGGUUCACAAAAUAAACGUAGCAAAAUUGAGUGAAUAUGCAUAACUGAUGUUUCUAAACAUGGAGGAAUGCACUUUUUUUUAAACAAAAACUAAAUGUUUUCUAUUAUUAAUGUAUUUAUUUUAUUUAUUUAACCCAAACUUAUUUUGACUUCUCUCCCAAGUUGUGCAUUUGUGUAGGGGUGUACUGAUAUCAAUUCUGCUAUGUUAGCAACUCAGUUGGGCUGCAGUCACUUUUAAGGGCAAGUAGCAGAGUAUUUACAGGACUACAUCUCCUACAAUUAACUUAGACAGUAGGUCAGCAAUACAGAGCUUCCUGUUAAUGUAAAUGAAUGGACACAAUGAUAAAACUGUUAAAGAACAAUGCAUACAGCACAACAGCUUAUCAUAGCAUAACUAACUUUUUGUCUUAAAGCUGAAGUAUGUAACUUUUUCGGUGUUAAAAUACUUCCUCCUAUCCCAGCUUAAUAUGAAAAGAUAACUAUAAGUAUGCCAUUUAUAGGUAAUUUUCUUAAAAUCUGUAAAUACUGUGUCAAUGUGGCGUAUGAAAAUUCCUCUGUUUUGAGCCACCUGUCUCAGUAGAGACAAUAACACUGACUCGACCAAGGGCGUGAGUUGUUGGCAGGACUAUCUGUUUUGUUUUUUUUAUCAAUGGAAGAUGGGGGGCGUAUUCAAAAAGCUGUUUUGAAAACAAUGUUUAUUUUUGCAAUCAUGUUUGGCGGCGCUAGUGGCACAGUAAUUACAUACUUCAGCUUUAAAAAAACCAUGUACUGCUUUUAAAACAUUUUGGCCCCUGUAUGGUGACAUUAGAUGGAUAAUAUUUGAAAGAAAGUUGCUUGCAGACAUUGUUGAAACAGAAUGUAACAUUGUUUAGAUGUGCAGAGUUCCAGCCAAUUGUUGUAAUGUUACAGCAACAUGUGUUUGAGAAAAAAAAAUCAUAGAAGUAAUUUCAUUUAAUGACGUCACUGUCUGCAAUCAGUGUUAUUAACUGUGAAGGAUAGAGGCAGACAUAAAUGGACUGGAUUCUCAUGAGCUUUAUACUGAUUUAGGAGUGUUUGGGGGCAAUUAUGCAUUGAAGAGUAUUUUGGAUGAAAUACAUUGCAUUGUUUCCAAUGCUUACAAGCUUAAUUUGGCCCUGCAUGUGGCCCACUGUGUUACAAGCACUGUGUCCAAGCAGUACAUCACAAAAAUACCCUAUCAUUCAUCAAUUAAUGAUUCUUUUGAAUGCACAAGUAUAUUUUAGGUGAACCUGAAUAAUAUUGCUCUAGUUAGGUAACUUCUGCCUCUUGUUUGAGUUUAUGCUUUUACAAAUGUGUAAAAGAUUGACAUUUGUUUAUGCUUCACUUUGUGUAUCUUUACAGCAACACUCCUUGGUUAAUCUCUCAAAACCAGUCAAGAACAUGUCUAGGUCAUAUUUCACACCAAAAUGAAGAGACAGAUAUGGGAAGUUAUGUUUUGUCUAAAGAAAAGCCUAUUUAGGGACAUGAAGGUGUUUUUUUCCCCAUUAUGACAUUUUCAUAAUAAUGGCUUCACAAAUAGGAUUCAUAGAAUUUAGGGUGAAAUAUGACCUGGACAUUUCUUCCUUAGGAAAAAUAAAAAAUAAAACUUUAAAAAGCAUCUACAAUUGUCUUAAUGCUGGUUUGUGGUCUUUGGAGGUCUUUUUCAGACUUCAAGGAAACUUUUUUUUGGUGAUGAUCAUAAUAUAGUACCUUACUUUUUGUCAUACUCUUAUUAAAGUAUAGAUUUCAGUAUUCAUUUUAAAGGAUUUGUAGAAUGGUUUUAAUUUUGUUUAUUUAAUCAAUGAAGAAAGCACUUUGAUGCCUUGAACUCCUUAUGUGUUCUGAAGAGCAGACUGAAGUAUGCAAGCAUAUAUUCUUGUAAAACCAAGCUUUAGUCUUUGUCACAAUCUCAAAUAUAGUUGAUUUUGCCAGUAUACUCUUGUUUGUGCAUGCAUGUAGUCUGUUAAUGUAAAAAACACAUUGGGAAAAUCUGUUUACCUUCACAGAGAUUACUGUCCUAUUCAAGUGAACUAUAUUUUAGUGGUUCAUAAAUUUUCAGGUGGAACAGACAUUCUGUGGAACAGACAUUUUUUUCACACACACGUGUGUGUGUGUGUGUGUGUGUGUGUGUGUGUUUUCGUGAUACUUUUGUUUUUGGAAGUUUUUUGUUCUUGAUGAGUAAAACGCCACUGCUUGUAGAUAAAUGCCGCUUAAAACAAUGUUUUAACCAAGUGUUAGAUUAUUUUGUGUGACGCUGAAAUAGUUUGGAACCUGACGUUCUAUACACACAUAAAUCAUUUAUUGCAAUGAAGAUUUUGAUCUGUUAACAUUCCUUCUGAAGUACCUAUUAAAAAAUGAACAAUAAAGACAUCUUCCAAUA